UUGAGGUUUAUGUCGAACCUGAUAUGCUUUUUUCCUUCCUGUCUUGAUCGAGUCCUUACCGAAUGGAAGCUGCCUCGCAGCCGUCAGUUCAAUAAUAUUUUGAGUUGAGUGGCUCCUAUCCAUCUUACAAUCGCCAUCAAGUGUAACAAUUUCUAAAUAUCUACUUCCAAGACCCAGCAGUAUUGACGUAAAAAAUGGCUAGAGGACAGCAAAAAGUUCAAUCUCAACAAAAAUCUGCUGAAAAAGCUGCAAAAAUUAAAAAACAACAAGGGCAUAGUGCCAACGAUCAGAAAAAGGCUGCUCAGAAGGCCUUAGUUCACGUUUGUGCAGUUUGCAAGGCACAAAUGCCGGAUCCGAAAACCUACAAGCAGCACUUUGAAAACAAGCACCCUAAAAACGACAUGCCUCAAGAUUUGAAAGAUCUAUGAAAUCACGAUUUGAGCAUUAUUCCAAGUAUCUAAAAUUUUUGGUUAUUGAUAUUUUUUAAUUUCAAUUAAUUAUGUUACUUAAUUACCUAUGACCCUAUUCUUUUUACAAUGGAUGUAAUUAAUCUUUAUUUCAUUAGCAUAUGUGUUGCAUAGUAAUUUUUUUUGUACGUUUGUGAUGUUUUCCUACAUUUAUAAAUAAAUUGAAAUGUUAUUCUAAGAAGUACUUGCUUUUUUGCUCCUUGAUUAAGGACAUUUAUGCAUGUGGAUUUUUUUGUUGAGUUAAUCCAAAUGAAAAAGGAACCGAAGAAUUGCUUAUCUGUACUAUACGUUUCAUGUAAUAAGACAAAAUAAAAGAACAAUUGCUGAUUUU